AUGGUGGAAUCUAUCCCUGCGCAACAGCUGUUAGGAAAUUCAUAUGCCCGGGAACUGUUCUUCCGCCAUACCAAUACCAUGGAAGUGUUGGCACAAAUGCUUCCCCAAAGUAGUGGUACUACCCGAGAACAUUUUGCGGCCCAGCUGUACGAAGAUUUUAUUACAAAACCGAGACGUCCUAAAGUCCGGAAGUAUAUAGAAGCAAUACGAUUCGAUACGCGCUAUGCGGAAGGCAUGUUUCGCCUUGCUCUAAAAGUGCCAAUCAGUAGCGCACAGGAGCACACAGUCUACCAGCAAAAGCUGACACAAGCAGGUAUCAAAAAGAUGUGCUUCGUCGACAUGAUACAAGACAAUUUAGUUCUGGAACAUAAGGAAAAGGUAGUGAAUGUUUUAAAGGAAAGGUUUGGCGAAAACUGGCCCCUCAAGUUGGGCAAGUUACCAAAGUACAUGUCCACAAGCCAGCGACUACUUGAAGAUGCGGAACGUAGAUUUAUAUGCCGACUAAAGCACCAAUCAUCCCUGAAGGGCGGCUGGUUACUACAGGUACCGGAAGUGGUACAGCAACUAACUCGAGAGUCCAGGAUUCCGAGCGAGCAGCGAAAAAAUUUGAUAUGGGCAACUUUGCGGUUCGAUAAUGACUAUCUAAAUAAGAAAUAUAGCACGGGUGAUUAUAGUAGAUUCCAGAACGACGUGGACAUCGAACCGGAAGAUUGCAUGGAGUGUCAGCCGCAACUAGUACUCCCUGUCGUACAACGUACUCCCUGUCCUAUAAGAGCGGGGUACAUCGCAUACGAAUCUGAUACCUCCUUGAACUCAGCACUCAAUGAGGAUGUUACAAGAGAAACACAUGACUCAAAUAAUCGACCAAUUGAAUUCGUAGCAGUCCAGAAUAAUUUAACUCAACAAAAUGCGCCUCUGAGCCAACAUUCAUCUAUUGCGGAUUCGGAAAUCUUCACACCUUUGGCUACCUCCACACAGAACCAAUCUCAAGCAAUUGAAUAA